AUGGGUGAGAAUCCUUAUGAUGCCAAUGAUUUGUUUGCUGGUCUAGAUCUGCUGGUUCCUCUCCGAUGUGCCUGCCCGUCGAGAAAUCAGACUGCGGAUGGUAUAAAGUAUCUAUUAACCUUCCCAGUCAGUGAAGGUGAUGAUUUUUCGGAUCUUAGCGAUAGAUUCAAUGCCAGUUACCAUGACACUGCUUCUGCAAAUGGGUUCUCUGAACAAGGGUACCCCACUAUUUUCCCGUCCUCCACAAUUCUGAUCCCUUUACCACAAGAACCUUUGAGCUCCCAAACCAUAAUUCACCACCCAAUCGAAAGCUCCCCAUCACCGUUCCAGCCUCUCCAUCCAUUUAUCAAGAACAACAUCAAAAGAUCGUAUUCUAAGCUUCACUUCAGCAUCGGCAUUGCGGUUCCUUCUCUUCUAGUCCUAUGUGCUCUCGUUACAGUCGCUUUCUGGUACGAUAAGAAGAGGAUGACGAGAGCUGAUGGAAAGAAGAAAUCUAUUUUACCAAAAGAUGUCCUUAAAGCCAUAACAGAUGUGAAUCAUGAGCUGAAGGUGUUUUCAUUUGAGGAACUCAAUGCGGCAACCCAAGAUUUCAGCUGUGCGUGCAGAAUAGAGGGCCUCUGGGGCAUCUGUAUGGGCCAAGAACACUGCUAUCUUGUUUAUGAGCAUAUGGAAAACGGAUCUUUGAAGGACUGGCUCCUUGAUAGGAGCCGCUCGGAGCUUUUGAGUUGGAAUCAUAGGGUUCAGAUCGCUCUGGAUAUAGCCAAUGGGCUUGACUAUCUUCACAACUUUGCAGAACCCCGUUAUGUGCACAUGGAUAUCAAGAACAGCAACGUUCUUCUCGAUAGCAAUUUGAGAGCUAAGAUCGCAAACUUUUCUAUGGCAAGAUCCUCGGAAGGCAGAAAUAAUGGGUUUGCCAUAACGAGAACUGUCGAAGGGUCGCUGGGUUACAUGGCACCAGAGUAUCUGGAAGGCGGAUUAGCGACACCUAAGAUUGAUGUACACGCUUUUGGGGUGGUGAUGUUAGAGCUUAUCACAGGAAAGGAUGCUGUAAUUAAGCAUGAAGGAAGAGAGAUGCUGUUAUCCUCUGUGAUGAUUUCCAUUGUGGAAGGAAGGAAUGCACAGAUCGAGCUCAGCAACUUUCUGGACUCCACCAUGAGAGGCGGAUGCCGAGCAGGUCUUGCAUUGGCAAUGGCAAAGCUAAGUGUGGCCUGUUUGAGACAAGAUCCAGGCAGCAGACCUAGCAUGGGUGAAGUUGUGUCGAUACUUUCGAGAGUACAAAUGGAAUCAAAGAAAUCCGGAGUGGCAUGA